AUGCACGACAAAUUGGUCGAUAUUGGCACCAUUUCAAACGCUAAAGAAUGCGCACAAGACAAGUCUCCAUUCGUGGAGUGCACCGACUGCUUCGCGGAAAUCAUGGGCCACGACAAAGGCAUCAAGCAACCUGCGGUUCGCAUGAUGAAGGACCGAGCGCACUGCUACCUCUUGUUGGAAUGGUGCUUGCCGAUGUUCAAGCUGCGCGCUGGUGUCCCCAUCACCCUAAGCUUUCUCAAAAAGACCUUCGACAGGGUUGGGGAGAACAACGGACCAUUUUUCAAGGAGCAAGUCAAGCAGUAUAAUGCCAAGGGGAGAAUCACCUUCGACCCUGCAAAGGCUCAAGGAAACCAGAUUGGCGUCGGCGUCUACACCACACCUGGCCCGGCCGAAUGGAAGGGGAACCCUGGAGACUGGUACUGCCACAUUACGGCCCGCAAGUCAACUGUGGAUUCAAUCCCGAAGGUUUGGGUUCCCAAGCAGUACUGGUGGAACAUCCAAGGGAUGUAUACAUGGGCGGAUAAGACAUUCUCCAAGAAGACCAAGAACUUCGACUUUGAUGAUGUCUUACGCCUUUCGCAAAUCGGAAACUACGAGCCGACCAAGCAGCUUCUGAUCCCGACAUACCUGCUCUCCGGCAAGGGUAUGGACUUGAAAGUCACCUGCAAGGCCAACUGGAAGGACCUCCCCUCCAACAAGCCAGUGGACUACUCCAAAUGGCCCAAGGUUCUUGGAAUCCCUCAGUAA